AUCUUACGCCGUCGAAACCUCACCGCCGACACUCCACCUUCUUUUCGCCCUCUUCCUUCCCCUGCCACAAUUAUGGCGAACGCUUCUGCUCCCAAGGGCGACGACCCUAUGGCCGGCCUCGUCCACAGCGAAGCUCACUACUUCAACAGCUACAACCACCAUGGCAUUCAUGAGGAGAUGCUUAAGGACGAGGUCCGCACCAAGUCCUACCGCGAUUCGAUCUACAACAACCGCCAUUUGUUCAAGGACAAGGUCGUGCUCGAUGUCGGAUGCGGUACAUCCAUCCUCUCCAUGUUCGCCGUGAAGGCCGGCGCAAAGCACGUUAUCGGGGUGGACAUGUCAACCAUCAUCUACAAGGCCCGCGAGAUCGUUGCAGCGAACGGCAUGUCCGACAAGAUCACCCUCCUGCAAGGAAAGAUGGAAGAGGUCGAACUGCCAUUCCCCGAAGUCGACAUCAUCAUUUCCGAGUGGAUGGGAUACUUCCUGCUGUACGAGAGCAUGCUUGAUACCGUGCUGUGGGCUCGCGAUCGUUACUUGAGGAAAGACGGUCAAGGCCUCAUCUUCCCAGACAAGGCCACUAUCUUCAUGGCUGGUAUCGAGGAUGGAGAGUACAAGGACGACAAGAUCGGAUUCUGGGACAACGUCUACGGGUUCGACUACACUCCUCUCAAACUCACCGCCCUCACCGAACCCCUCGUCGAUACCGUGGAACUCAAAGCCGUCGUGACCGACCCAUGCGCGAUCCUCACCCUCGACCUCUACACCUGCACCGUCGCCGAUCUCGCCUUCUCCCUCCCAUUCCAGCUCUCCGUUCGCCGCACCGACUACGUGCACGCGCUCGUCGCCUGGUUCGACAUCGAAUUCUCCGCCUGCCACAAGCCCGUCAGAUUCAGCACUGGACCUCACACAAAAUACACGCACUGGAAACAGACCGUGUUCUACCUGGCGGAUGUGUUGACCGUGGAGGCGGGAGAAAAGAUCGAUGGCAACUUGGCCUGCAGACCGAAUGACCGCAAUAGGAGAGAUUUGGAUGUGGGCAUUGAUUACAAGUUGUUGACCGAGGACUCUGGCCGGACAGCGGACGGACACUGCGAGUACAAGAUGUGCUAA